CAAUCCGUUAAAGAAGUAGAUCUCCUUUUUUGAACAGGCUAGACUACCUGCGUGUCACCCGUGAAGCGAAGCGAGCCUGCAUUUCACCUGCUGUCAGCACAGCGAAGGUCUUCAGAAACUUUUUUGCCUGCCGGGCAAACUUGUGAGAGGGUUGCUACCAUUCUCGUCUAGAGUGGCGUACAGUCAGGUCUAUUUACAAGAGAUCAGGAAGGAAGCACGCUGGUCAGUGAGGGCUGAAGACAACCUAGCCCAAAGUAUGGAAUGCACCCGGAACUUCAGUUCCUUCUGGCCAAAUUGAAAAGCGCGUCGUAAGGCGCAAUGUAGCCUACCUGCUGCGGCUAUAACUACGUAUGCAUGAGCUGGCAACAUGAGACUGGUACGUCUGAAGUAGCCUAACGUGCGAGUCUCUGCUAAUCAUGUCGGAGGUGCAGGUAGGCGAUAAUGAACUGAAAGAAAUCGACAUAUGUGACGAAGACAUUUGUUCAGAGGGUGAAAGUGGAGUGUUUGUAAACUCUGCAUCUUACACGGACACGUUCACCGCGUUUCAACAAUGGACUUUACCAAGCCAAACACAGACUGAUGGCAACUUUCACAGGACGACUUCUGAAAGUACCACCACCUGGGCCACAGGUACAUUCCAGGGGCCAACUCCGUUCCAUUCCAACUCAGUACCGAACGACGGAGUAAACACCGAUGUGGAAAACUGUCUUAGUAGCAAUGAACAUCUGGAAGACAACAGGCCCAGAACCGUGUCCCGAACUUCUAUCGUGGACUGCUUGCUGGUGGAACUUUAUGACACCUACAGUAGCAACAAAAGAAAUGUGGACAGCUUGGAUAGUUCCACCGAAGCAUCUGGUUCAGACGCGUUUUUUGGACGGAGUACCUCCGGGUCCAAUUUCCUGCAAGAACUUCAAGAAAAGCAUACCAGGAGACAUCAAAUGAAAUACCUUUACCAAAAAGACCGGGAGGAAUUGAAGUGUAUUAUCCAGGAGAUGAACUAUCGCAUCAGCAUCCAGUCCGCUAAGCUGGUGCGUCUGCUGAAGAGGAAGGACCGCCUUCACGGAAAGUGCCAGAAGAACUACGACGUCAUCACGGCGUGCCUGCAAGCCAUGUCUCAGAAAAGACGAGUUGACACGAGGCUGAAGUUUACGAUCGAACCCUCGCUCGGGAAAAAUGGCUUCCAGCAGUGGUUCGACGCCCUCAAAGCCGUGGCCAGACUCCCAACUGGGAUCCCCAAGGAGUGGAGAAAGAGGGUUUGGUUGACCCUGGCUGAUCAGUACAUCCACAGCAUAUCUAUAGAUUGGGAGAAGACGCUUCGAUUUGCCUUUAACGACCGGAGUAACCCUGACGAUGACACUCUUGGAAUUCAGAUCGUUAAGGACCUGCACCGUACGGGCUACAGUUCCUACUGUGGCCAGGAGGGGGAGCAGGACCGGGUGGUGCUGAAGAGGGUGCUGCUUGCCUUCGCCCGCUGGAAUAAGACGGUGGGCUACUGCCAGGGCUUCAACGUGCUGGCCGCCCUCAUCCUGGAAGUCACGGAGGGCAAUGAGGGAGACGCACUCAAGGUGAUGAUCUACUUGAUCGAUAAGGUGUUGCCUGACAGUUACUUUGCCAAUAACCUGCGGGCUCUUUCCGUCGAUAUGGCUGUGUUCCGAGACCUGCUAAGGCUCAAGCUUCCAGAACUUUCACAGCACCUACACCACCUGCAAAAAGCAGCCAAUCGGGAGGGAGGAGGCAGCUACGAGCCCCCUCUGACCAACGUGUUCACCAUGCAGUGGUUCCUCACCAUGUUCGCCACCUGCCUGCCCCGCCACACCGUGCUCAAGAUCUGGGACUCCGUCUUCUUCGAGGGCUCUGAGGUCCUGCUCAGGGUGGCCCUGGCCAUCUGGGCUAAACUGGGAGAGAGAGUGGAUUACUGCCACAGUGCGGACGAGUUCUACAGCACCAUGGGCUGCCUCACACAGGAGAUGCUGGAGCACAACCUCAUAGACUCCAAUGAACUUAUGCAGACGGUGUACUCCAUGGCUGUCUUCCCAUUUCCCCAGCUUGCUGAGUUGAGAGAGAAGUACACCUAUAACAUCACACCCUUCCCUGCUCCCGUCAAGGCUAACUCACGUAGUCCUGGUGGCCUGGAGAGUGAUGAUGAUGCUGACAUGGAUGAUGAAGACUCCCUGGUUACGGCUCUGGGUUGUCUGGGCCCACUGGGUGGCUUCCUGGCUCCGGAGCUGCAGCGGUACCAGAGGAACCUCAAAGACCAGCAUGGCGAUCAGACUCCCCGCAGCAGCAACAUGGCGGAGAUGUCCCCGGGCGCGGUGGGGGCGGCGGGGUCGGGCCGGGCGGAACACCAGGCGGCCAUCAACAGCAUGAUGCUGGAGCGCAUGAGCACCGACAUCAACGCGCUCAGGAAGCAGUACUCGCGCAUCAAGAGACGACAGCAGCAACAGGCCAACUUGCUCUACAUAAGAACAGGUCCUGGUCCUGAGGCUCUGUCUGGGGCCUCCUGUGAACCCUCCGCUCCCAGGAGCAAUGAUAAGUGUCCAGCCACCAGCGUCUUGGCCUCCCAGGUGCACCCAGGGCCCGUGGUCAACCACCUCCUGCUGGGGAAGAGGCCUCGAGGAGCCCCGACACGGAGUCCCAGGAGCAGCCGGGUUGGGGGUGGGGGUCCGCGUGGAGGGGGGACCCCCCAGGGCCAGUCUACCCCGCUGGAUGAGGUGGUGGUGCGGAGCCGCCUCCAGUCGCCGUGGCGAGCUCACGUGCGGACACACCGGCGGAAUGUGGCCAGGGCUCGGGCCCAACUGGAUUUCGACGACCCCGAGGAUGCAGACAAAGAAGAGGAUGAGGGGGUAGCCACGGCAACGACAGCCUCAACGUCAACAGACUCACCUGGGUCUCCGGCAACAGCAGCAGAGGAGGAGGAAGAGGAGGAGGAGGGAGAUAUGAAGGAGGAGGAGAUGAAAGAGGAGGAGGAGAGGAAAUGUGAGACAGAGAUGGGAGGGAUGGAUGUAAAAGAGGUGGUCCAGGGGGAGCUCUCUGAAGAGGAGGAGGAUGAGGAGGUGACAGAAAUCUCCUCGCAUGACUCCACACUGGAGGGUGUGGAGGGAUUAGGAGAGGAGGAGGAGGAAGAAGAGGAUGAGGACAAGACCCCGACCAAACUGGUGGAACAACGUCUGGCCUCUCUGGAGCUGGAACCAGACUCGGAACCAGAACCCUGCAGAACUCCCUCCAGCACCUCCACACCAACAUCAACCCCAACCCCAACUCCAAUGGCAGAAACAGACCCAGAACUUUCCAGAACGCCAAACCAGGAGCCAGUAACACCAACUCCGUCCCUUCCCCUGCGGCCCGCCUCAGGGCGGUCCCGGCCCGUUUUGGACUCCUCCAGCUCCGAGUCGUCCAUCUCCUGCCCCGCCAGGAGGUUGACCACCUCCGCUUCCACCCCUGGGGGGCUGUCUAAGUACCAGCAGCAGCCGCCGUCCCCAGCAGUGCCCUUCUCCCCUUCCCUCGUCCAAAGUCACAUGGGCGUCCUGAACUUGGGUCUGUAUGCCUAA